ACAUGGGAGAAUGAGAGAUCAUACCAGAUCAGGGCCCCACUACGCUACGGAUACCUUCCAGGUUCCUUUCUUCCCUCCCCUCCCCUUCCCCGCAUCUUCAUUUUCCAUUUUCGAUGGCUGGUCCAUCAACGUCCUCCUUGGGUUUGGCCCUCUUACCCGUGGCCGCUUGCUUCGCGGCCCUCUCUGGGGGCCUCCUUGAUGCGAUCCUGCUGGCUCUAUUCACGACCAUUCGCCAUGGCCGUGGCCGCAUCUUUGUCCACGCGCUCGUCGAUCUCGUCGAUAAGAUCGUCAUGUCUCACCGACCGACGACAGCUGCAGUAGUUGGGGCUCUCACUGUCUUACUGCUCGUGGUCUCGUUGAGGCCGGUGAAAUCGGCAAGUGGGUCCGCCACACCGCGCCAGGAUGGCCCUGGGAAGGCCCUCUUUUUCCCGUGCCGGACGACUCACUCUCGGAUGUUCCCGCAGAAGCACUCAUUCUCCUACUCCUACCUGGCUGUCGGGGUCCCUGUGGGCUGGGAGGGCACUGCGGGGGGCAUGGUUUCGGUCGGAGUCGACCAAGGUUGGACACUCUCAUGGCUGUCGCCGUUUUCAUCGGCCCGAAAGGGGUGGUACAGUAUUGACGCCGGUGACUACCUCGAGCGCGGCAAAGCCAGACUCGGCUUGCGGGGAAAGCUGGACGAAUAUCUCCGAAAUCAGGGGGUCGACCCGAGAACGUAUCCGCAUGCCUACUUGGUCACUGCUGCUCGGUUUCUCGGCUAUCAUUUCAAUCCCGUCUCCUUCUGGUAUUUGUACGAUGCCACAAAGUCACUGGCUGCCAUGAUCCUCGAGGUCAACAACACCUUUGGCGAGCGUCGUAUGUACUUGUUGGUUCCAGACGAUGAUUUGGCCGCCCGGAUCGACCUUACCCCACGGCCGGCUCUUGGCGUGGCAGAGCAGGCGGCGAGUGAGCGCCAAAGUGCCCCUCUGAGAACUGCGUUGAAGCAGUCAUGGCCAAAAGACUUUCAUGUGUCGCCAUUCAACUCCCGCAAAGGGUCUUAUUCAUUGACGGCAAGUGACCCCUUGAGCCCCUCCAUGCAAGGCAUGGGCCCCCUCGCCAAUACAAUCAACUUGGUUUCGUCCAAAGGGCAUGGGAAGCUAGUCGCCAGGUUGAUCCAGGACGGUGAUGCCAUUGACCCGUCCUCGAUGACCAUGUUUGGGAAACUCAAAUUCCUGAGUGCCUGGUGGUGGGUGGGUUUUCUCACGUUCCCCAGAAUUGUCAAGGAGGCCGCUGCUCUCUUCUUUAGGCGCAAGCUCCACGUGUGGUUCAGGCCAGAGCCCCUGAAGGAAAGCAUCAGCCGAGAGGCAGACCCGAUUGAGCGCGAUCUAGAGCCUAUAUUCAAGAGCUAUCUGCGGUAUCUUGUCGAGCAGUCAACCGCACCGCUCGCAGUAAAGUACACCCCUGGCGGGCUAUCGCAAGGUUCGUCCGAGUUUAUGCUUUCGCCAACAGCUCGGGAGGGAACGACGGCGGCAGAAGAACUAGAGUUCAAGGUCCUCACCCCCGUCUUCUACUCGAGGUUCAUCCACUAUGCUCAUGAUCUCGAGGCCUUCUUUUGUGAGCUUAACGAAAGCUGCACCAUCUGGGUAUCCCAUCCCGAUCUGUUACCCAAGUUUGCUCUCAAAAAGCCUUCGCCAACACUGGCGUCAUCAAGCCCUGCAGAGUUUGCCAUUUUUAAGAUUAUACAAAGCCUGCGCGUGAGACCUGAGCGGAUUGAGCGGCCAUUGACGUCCAGCGCAGCGCCAAACCUGGCGCCUCAAGCCACCGACAUCCGGGGCUUUCGCAUCUCUUCCAUGGAUGGCUACGUUUUGGCCCAUGAGAGCUCUCAAAUCAAGAGGGUUUACAGGAGCUGUGUUCUGAAACUGUUCCUUGCAGACAGGGUUGCUUGGGGCCUUGUGCCGCUGCUUGAGUCUCAGCGUCUCAUACUACAGGCAGGGUUGGCCUGGCUUGUCUCUUCGUCCAACCUCGCAACAUGCGCGCUGCUAUUAUCAUACACGGCAAGACGAGUUGUCCCCCAAGCUUCCGGCAAAUCGAAAGAACGUUGACGGAAGCACGGAUGCCAUGGGUGUAACGUCUAUCCCUCCCGAGCCUGUCCAUUGCCUUGGUGAGCAUUGGCGCGCGUCACAGAGUUU